CCCACAUCACUCGCCAUGUCCGCCAAAACUGCCGCCGCCGGUACCAAAUUCCGCAUGUCCCUUGGUCUUCCCGUUGGUGCAGUCAUGAACUGCGCUGAUAACUCUGGGGCCAAGAAUCUGUAUAUCAUCUCCGUGGUUGGCUUUGGUGCACGAUUGAACAGACUACCCGCUGCUGCUCCUGGUGAUAUGGUCAUGGCGUCCGUGAAGAAAGGAAAGCCUGAAUUGAGGAAGAAGGUCAUGCCUGCUGUCAUCUGCCGACAACGGAAAAUCUGGCGUCGUAAAGAUGGUGUCUUCUUAUAUUUCGAGGAUAACGCUGGUGUCAUUGUCAACCCCAAGGGAGAGAUGAAGGGUAGUGCUAUCAACGGACCGGUUGCCAAAGAAUGCGCCGACCUGUGGCCACGUAUAGCGUCCAAUGCUGGGACUGUCGUCUGAGUGUUCGUGGAGGGUGCGUGGACUUGAUGAUAUUAAUCAUCGACCGCAACGCCUCAUGAACCUGUAUAUGGAUGGUAUUUCCCCCGCUUGCACGGCGGUCAUGU